AGUUCUUUAUUCAGCAUCUCCAUCAUCUACUUCACCACUUAACCAUCAUUUAUAGUUUUCCAUAAAAGGUAAAUGAAAAAGAAAGAAAGAAGGAAAAACUUAAUAUUCAGUUUUGUUUGUUCAGCUUUUCCCACCCGUACUAAAGCUGGCUUUCUUUUUUUAUUUCCUUGAAAGUAAACUGUUUUUCUACAGGAAGAAAAGUCUAAAUGUAAGUGACGUGCCAGAGGUAGAGAUGAUUCCUUUGGGGGAUGUAGUCUUGAAGCUCUGUAGCUCUGUAGCAAAGCAUAUCACAUUGAAAGGGGAGAUCAGUGUUUGAUCAAGUGCUGUGUUGGACUCGCCUUUUUUCCUUUCACAAAAUAUAUUUCACUUUUAGUGCUUUAAGAAGAGAAACUUUUUUUUUGAUUUUACAAGGGAAGAUAUUUUCAAACACAAACCAAGAUAAUUACUCAUUAAGUAUUUUCUUUCACUGUUUUCUAUUGGUUUUUUUUUUACCUUCGAAUCAGAAUGGAAUUGAAUUCUGUUAUGUAAUUACAAAUUUGAAUUUGAAAUGGUGCACUUUUUUGUUAUUUUCAUCACAUGGGAAUGUGGAUAAAAGCACUGAUGGCAUGUGGCUGAAUAAAGUAGAUCUAAUUAGUGUAGUGCUGUAAAAUGACACCACUGAUCUCAUCACUGCAGCAAAUAUUGGUGAGUCUAUUUUGUGUGGUUACACAUAUAAACCUGUAUUUCUCUCUUUUUUUCAUGCCAAAACCUCAAAAAACACAUUUGUAUGUGUUGGGUUUUUAAUUACAUUGGUGCUGUAAUGAUUAGGAAAGUGUGAUUGCAUUAUUGAACAAGUGCAGUGGUGGGGAUUUUCUUCUCUCAGACCUGGGUGUGCCUUUUUCUGAACUGGAUAUGGGCUCCAGGGAGCGAGAAAUGAGUUAGGUCAUCUCUCUUGUGUAUUUUACGUCGAAAACCAGACUAUCGUUACCAAAGUAAAUCCCCUUCUUUCACCAUGUUGUGAACAUCUGUGUUUGCUUUGGGUCUUGGCUAUUGUUGGAGCAGUUUAAAAAAAAAGACUUCCCAAAGGGCCAAUACUGCAAUGUUGCACAAUACGUCAUAAUUCAUGAGUACACACAACAUGUUUGAUAUUUGUCCUGAAUUGCCAUCCGUGUGUGUCUCGUUUGUGUAAUUUUAUGAGCUUUUUUCUGAUAUGUGUCAAUGCCACCAAGGCUUACAAAAAAAAACCCGAGUCCCUGUCAUUAGCCGAGGCUCUGAGGGUGCGGCAUGAAACUGGAUGCCUACAUGUGCAGACAUGACCUGCCGUUUGCUUUAUUGUAGGGAUUUGUUUGUCAGGAACAUGUCCUGUGAGAAAAAAAACGACUCUAUGUCAGCUGAUUACAUUUGUUUUGCCAAAUUUAAGUUGAAAAAAAGCACCAAAUUUUUUCUGAAAUGUCAUAAAAUCUAUAAGACUAUAAUGAACUUUACAAGGGUUUCAUGUUUCUUCUUCUUUCAGGCACCAGCAAAGCCUCUGGCAGUGGAAAACUAAUUAGAUUAGUUAGGGUGAAACACAUAAUACAAAGAUGAAUAAUGUGGCAGAUUGGCUCGUGCAGAACAGGGACAAGAUCGAGAAAGGUGUGGAGAUCAUGGGACAAGCCUCGGAGGUGCUCGCUGCUACCGUGGGCCAGCUUCACCCCGUCUUGGAGGCCGUGUUCGUGGCUUCAGCCGAGCUACUCAACAACCCGGACAGCAAAGAGGCUCGCUACCUGACUCAGCAGUUCGAACUGGUCAACCAGCAACUGGAGGGAAUCCAAGAUGAGAUCGAUCAAAUUGCCCUGGAGCUGCAGAAGACAUCGUUGAACAAGCAGAACUUCGAUCGGGAGGCGCAGAUGCUCAGCCAGUAUGAAAAGUUCCAGGACUUUGUCAACGCCAAGCCAAAGUUUAAAGAGAAGAAAAUGGAGAAGUUCCUCAGCCAUUACGAGAACACCGAUGCCGACUUGAACUUGGACGCCCUAUACAAUGCUGUCAUUGGGGACUGCACCGCGGGAGACCCCAUGCUUGAAACAGUAGUCAACACAGAGCAGAGAAGCAGAAGGGCAGUUGAGGAUUUCUGCGCCCGGCUGAAGAAGCUCUUCGUGGUGGGCAUUAUAGCUGUCAUGGGCCACUCCGCCCUCAAGGAAGGGGUGGUGGGGGAGGAGAUGGUGAAGAGGUGGCAGGGACGGAUGGAUGAAGUGGAGAAACGAAUGAAAGCAGCUGUGGAUGACUGUACAGAGAACUUUGCCGAUCAAGCCAAGCAGGACAUGGAGCACCUGCUACAGGAGAAUCCCGGUGCCGUCAACCUCGAUUUCACCAAAUCCCUUCUGGGUACUCUCAUUAAGAAAUACGACUGGGUUAACUGGUCCAUCAGGGCCUUCAGCGACAAGGAGCGCAUUUUCUUUUUCAACUGGCUGGCAGGAAAGAAGUGCCACGGAAGUGGAGGAGCCAACUGGUUUGACAUUUUGACCAAGAGCAAGAUCAAAGUGGUAGUCUCUUUCUGUGUCGACCCCAAGCCCAUUAACAAGAGUCAGAUCCAGGAGCAGAUUGAAGUUCAGAAGAUGAAGGGGAACAUGAUUGAUGUGGCUCAGGUUCUGAACAGGAGCUUCCCCAACUGCCUGGUCCAUGCUGUCAGCCAUUACAAGGAGGUGGUGGAGUCCAACAACUUUCAUGAGGAUUGUUACUACUAUGGAAAACACAAAAGAGCCUACCUGUGUAUCCACUCUGAGUAGGCUCACAGAAAAACAGAAUGUGCAGCCACAUAAGAAAAUGAACACAUACAUUUAUGAAUAGAUUUACCAGAGACCAGGAAAUAUUUGCAUUGAAUAUAGAAAAUGAAUUCUUAAAUAUUGUCUUAGACGAUGUAUAACCUGCUCUGUCAGGUUUCUGGUUUGUGAUUCCUUGUCUUGCUUGUAAUGAUUUUUAUUCUUUUACAUAUAUCUUUCAUGAUGAUACAGCAGCUUCAGGGUGGGUUUUUUUCAGAGCCGUACAUCUCCAUGCCAGCUUUGAUGUAACGUUAUGACUCUCAUAAUGAUUCUGUCCCCAUUGGAUAUGACUAGGGUUGGGCGAUGUGACGAUAUUAAUCUGUUAACUGUGAAGGACUUUGCCAUGUAGUUUAUACCAAGGCACCCUUCCCCUUCAAUACCUUUAAACAUCUGUAGGUGUAUCGGACCAUUGUGGGCAAUGCGGUAAAUCAAUGAGCAGGACUACUUUAUGGCUUAUUCGAUUUGUCCUGUUGCACUGAUGGGAUGCAGUACCCAGAUUUGUCCGUUUGGGUUAUUUUAAGCUUCCCAGUUCUUUAUUGACAUUUGAAAACUGUAGGCUAGAACAAGUAAAUAAUUGGACCUUGAGUUGGGAUUGUUUUGUCAUUCCUUGUACAGUUUCUCAAUUUAAGAGAAUGUUUACCACCUAUACAACGUAUACAGAAUAACACAAAACGAAAAAAUGACAUACUGUGUUUGCGGAUUAUAUCGAUAUCGCCCACUCCUAGAUAUAAAUGUGUGUAAAACAAAAUCAAUUCUAAUAUUCUUGCUGCUUUUGGUGCAAUAUAUUGCUGCACGGCAAACGCCCAAAAUCCUUAUUCCACAAUCAACUUCGUCAAUAUACUUAUGUAUAUUUUACUUUAAUUUGUAAUAAACAAAAAAAUUUGAA